CUUUCCUUCACUCUCUUCUGGACUCCAACCGUCUCUCGUGUCGUCCUCCUCUCCUCUCUUUUACUGAGACGCCCUUUCCGAGGAGCGCUGAAGGAGAGAUGGCGGAAAUGAGCGUGCCGCUGCUAGAUGGGAAUGGGGCGCAGAAGGAGGAAGUGCCUCUGCUGCACAGGACGCUGGUCGAGUCCAAGAAGCUGUGGAGAAUAGCAGGGCCGGCCAUGUUCACAAGGCUCGCAACGUACGGGAUGAACGUCGUCACUCAGGCCUUCGUUGGUCAUCUUGGAGACUUGGAUCUCGCCGCCGUCUCCAUUGCCAGCACCGUCAUUGUUGGCUUCAAUUUCGGCUUGAUGUUGGGCAUGGCAUCUGCGCUGGAGACACUAUGCGGUCAAGCAUUUGGUGCUCGGAAAUUCUCCAUGCUAGGUGUCUAUCUGCAACGUUCUUUCAUCAUCAUGUUCAUCUUCGCCGUCAUUCUGUUACCAAUGUACAUCUUUGCAACUCCCAUCCUGAAAUUCCUUGGACAAACCACCGCUAUAGCGGAGCUGUCGGGAUCUUUGGCCAUCUGGUUCAUUCCUCAGCAUUUUGCCUUCGUCUUCUUGUUCCCGCUGCAAAGAUUCCUCCAGUGUCAGAUGAAGAACCUCGUGAUCGCUUGGGUUACUGCCAUUGGGUUUUCCGUCCAUUGUGUCUUGAGCUGGCUUUUCAUUGACUAUCUCGACCUUGGGCUUGUCGGAGCCGCGGUGAGCCUUAACAUAGGGUGGUGGUUGCCAGCUCUGGGACUUCUUCUCUACGUCGUGUGCGGUGGGUGCCCUCAAACAUGGUCAGGUUUCUCAAUGGAAGCAUUUGCAGGUCUCUGGGAGUUCCUCAAGCUGUCCAUUGCUUCAGGGGUCAUGAUAUGUUUGGAGUAUUGGUACUACAGAAUCUUGGUCUUGCUGGCCGGAAAUGUGAAGAAUCCAGAGAUUGCGGUUGAUGCACUCUCUAUAUGCAUGAAUAUCAAUGGCUGGGAGUAUAUGAUUCCUAUAGCGUUCUUGGCUGCAACAGGAGUUAGAGUGAGCGUCGAGCUCGGAGCCGGCAAUGCGAAGGGAGCAAAGUUUGCAACCAUUGUCUCCGCAACGACGUCGAUGGUCGUCGGAAUAAUCUUCUGGAUUCUCAUAAUUGUACUGCACAACGAAUUUUUUCUCGUCUUCACCUCAAGCACAGAGGUUCUCCAAGCUGCGUCAAAGUUGGCCAUAUUACUAGCUUUCACCAUUCUUCUCAACAGCAUUCAGCCUGUCCUUUCAGGCGUGGCAGUGGGUUCAGGAUGGCAGGCCUUCGUCGCCUACAUAAAUAUAGGAUGCUACUACUUGGUUGGGGUUCCUGUUGGUGCUGUGCUUUGUUGGGUUCUGGAUCUCAGCGUCCUGGGACUUUGGAGUGGAAUGAUUGGAGGAACAGCUGUGCAGACACUAAUACUGGGAAUUAUCGUAAUCCGCUGUGAUUGGGAGAAGGAGGCCCAAAAAGCAAGAAGUCGAAUUAGCAAAUGGAACAUCAUCCCAAUUGCAGCUGAGACCCGAAAUGGUGCAUCGGACGAGACGACGACACGCAAUGCCUGACCAGCCCUGUCGGUCUUCUCCUCGGUAUCAGAGCCCAAGCGCAAUACGCGUGUGCUGUAAUUGAUGCAGCAGCUUUGUUGUGACCAUAUUGUUAAUCUUGUUGGGUGACUUAAUCAAAGAGCGAACUGAUUUCCCUUCGGUCUAAGACCCCAUAUCAAAUUUUGCGGGGCAAGACUGCCUCCUUUAUAGGCAGGAAGCAGCAGAGCUCUUAUUGUUUUCCUGCUUUUAAACUUGAGUGAACUCCCUUAUUGGAUGCAAUGUUUUACUUUUAAUGCAACUAGGUGAUACAUAUGUACCUGAUCAGGCA